AUGACUUCUUCUCCCACAUCCGCCAUCUCAGCGAGCCUGACUCCAGAGUAUGAUGCACUCUGGCAUAAGCUUCAUCCUCUUCAACACGAAAUGAUUAUAACUGGCGUUGGUCGUCGUGUUUAUCCACUAUUGGAGUAUCAGUUUAGUGGCAUGAAUCCAGACAAAAUUUACACAACUUCGGUUCACUUUGAAUACGUCGACGACAAAAAACUGAGAUUCUGUAAGGGAAAGUAUGUCGAGUCGGUAUCCCAAGAAAAGAAGGAAGCUCCACGAAAGGUUCAACACAAGUCAGGAGCAAAGUUGGGUUCUAAAUGGAUGGCCUCACCUGUUAAUUUCGAGACGUCAGAAUCUCAAAUAGAAAGACGAGAGAAGAGGAAGAUAGCUCAAAUUGUUUCAGGUCCAUCUCCAUGCUCAGCACAGAUACUUGCCAGUUUUGACUAUCAGCGAGGAGGGAGGAUCAAACUACGGAUCAGACUCCCACACACCGUUUUUAUCACAGCCACUUUGUAUCACAUUGAUGAAGUUAACAAGAUCAAGACCGAUUCAAAUGAAUAUGCAAAAUCCAAUAGAGGGGGUCGCCGUCGUCUCCGAGCCGUUGAGUCGUCGGCCACUAGCCCACCUACCAAGAAAAGCAGAAAAGAAACUCUAGUUCAAGAAGAAACUUUUCCAGAAGCUUCAGUUCCUGUCGUCCCAAACUCGAUUCCAAACCCACCAGUCAUUGAUCCUGCUCUCUUGAGUACUCUUCCAUUCCCAUCCGCUGGUCUCUUCACUCAAACUCCAAAUUCAUCGACCAUCCCAACAGUCCAAGUCGUCCCACCAGCCAAUCCAUUGAAUGCUUUCUCCUCGAUUCCAUGGUUGAACCCAGUGAACAAUCCAUACCUUUUGGCUGCAAUGGGACUACAAUUCCCAACCAUCUCAUUCCCGUAUUUGCCUUCAACGCCGUAUUCACCGCUCACUCCAACUUCUUCCAUCUCUCCAGACUCUCAGCCCACACAACCGGAAGAUCCAGUAAAGACUGCAGUUAUCGAUAAGGUCAUCAAAGAAGAGGUCGAUAUAUGA